UCUGACUCCAUUACCUAGGACGCUACAAUUCUCCUGUUUCCUGCAGAGUUUACUUGUGUUUUAUAUUAUCAAAAAGGGAUAAUUGCAUCGAUCCCCAUAUCCUGACCCGAGAACCCUGUCGAGAUCACCGUGAACAGAUCGACGACAGGAGUCCAUGGUUUCCUUAUGAAUCAAAAACUUUGUCUUACUCAUGCUGAUUUUGAAUAGAUUGAUUAGUUUCCAAUCCAACAGAGAAACAAAGACGUAAUGUCCCGAACGACGCUGUCGACAUCAGGACGAAUGUUCUCCUCUUCGCAAGCAGUUUUUCACUGCUAAACAAGGCCAUACAGGCCUUUUCAUAGUGGACUGUCCUCAUAAUCAAUCUGCGAAAAUAAAGACCCACAAAGCAGAACGCUAUCCAAAUGCUUCCAGGGUGCCUGCCAGGCUGGCUACAGAAAGCAGUUUGGGUGUUUGUGCUGCUAUGGCAUGCGCCAGUAUUUGCCGGGGCCCCGCUGCCCGGGUUUGGGGAGGAGUUUCUGACAGUGCCUGCCACCAUAAGCUCGGCAGCUGACACAGCCUGCCUCGACAUCGGCUAUGUUGUCAGCGACUACGAUUGCAUGGACAUCUUGUCAGCCACACCGGAGAUUCAGGUGAAGCAUUGCACGACGGGGGGCAGCAGGGCGGCGGGCGUGCUGAUAUUUCAGCGGCAGCCGCUGCAUCCGCGGCGGUGGCCGGACGUGUUCCGCGUGCGCAUGGUGGGCCGCGAGAUCAGCCUGCUGCCGAUGCACUACUGCCGCUCCGGCCUCGCGAUCGCCCCCUACUCCGUCACCCUCAACAGCACCUACCACUUUGAGGUGCUGCAUCUAUUUACGGGCUUCUCCUAUGACCGCCAUCCGCACAUCCUGGACGAGGCGAGCGUCUCCCUCGCGCACUUCACGCUCACCCUCGGCGGCACUGAGUCAUCCACCCCGCCGCGCACCGGCUGCGCAUGGGACGGCGACUGCCCGGCAUGCGCCGAUCCGCGCGCGGCCGGCCGGUGGAUCGUGCGCGACCCGGCCGGCCUCGGCCUCGAGACGUCCUGCAUUGUCACUCCAAGCAUGCGCACAAAGGACGGCAACCCCAUGUGCGGGGACAAGAAGCUGCACGCGCUCGCCACCACCUGGCAAUCCGCCCAGGGGCUCGCCUACCAGCCGAUGCGUUCGGAGAAGGAGAUAGACAGGGCGGCGUGCGGGGCCAACCGCUUCAUCUGCUUUGUGGGGGACUCGCAGAUGAGGCACGCAUACAACGGCGUCACCUCCCUCUUCAAAGGCUCCCUCCAGUGGCACGGCGCGGGCGGCGCGGGCGGCGCCGCCGGUGCCCAGAAGACCGACAAGACCGUCAUGCAGGGGACGUUCACGAAAUACUUCACCAAUAAUCUGGGGGACGUGACCUGGAAUUCCACGGGGUGCACGGACAUCGUGGCCAACUUUGGGCAGUGGCUGGCGGCGGCCGAGCUGCAGCGGCCGGAGAGCGUGCACACGUACGUUAGUAAGCUGCGAGUCACCAUCAGUCACCUGCUGACUCUGCGCCAGGCUGGCGCGCGCGUUUUCUGGAUGACCACCAACAGCUUCCCCAUGUGGCGCGGCGCCUGGUACAACCCCAAGCGCCAGGAGUGGCGAACAGACCCAACUCUGCUUCUGUACAACCGCGCAGCAAACAAGAUGAUGGAGGAUGCAGGAAUCCCAAUCAUAGACACUUUCAGCAUUUCAGCACCGCUGAAUGACGUCUCCUACGAUGCUUCACACUACCGGGGCCAUGUCGGCUAUGCCAUUGACCUGCGCAUUCUCAACGUGCUGUGCCCGCCGGAUUCUGCGGCGGCCGCGGCCAGCGCCGGGGCAAUUUGA